AUGGCUGCAUCUUUAACUCUGGAGCAGUUUCUUGACAUAGACCCGCUUACUGACAAAAGACAGCUAGACUUUGACGACAUAACCUCUGAAUCCAAUACUGAAGACAGUGACUUUGACGUCCAAUCUGAUUACAUGGGUUCCGACCAAAAACCAGAACGCCACUUAGAAGGUGAUGGUCUAACAAGCACAUCAGAAGAUAGCAUUAUGGAUCAAUAUGAUGCUACAGUCUCUUGGAGAACAUUACCUCAAUAUAUUGUCAAAUUCUCAAACUUACCAGCAGAUUUCACUCCAGCUGAUUUGAAAUUGUUAUUUCAAUCAAACUUCAUAAACUUUGUCAAGUUUAAAAUAUUUUGGGAAUUGCAAAAAUUUAAUAAAAAAGUCGUCUUUGUCGAAUUAUUCUCCUUUAGAGACUUAAAUAAGAUUAUGAAAUUUUGGUCCAAUAUUGAAUACUUGAAAUAUUUUCAUAUCAUCCUCGAAAUGUCAAAUUUCAUUGAAUUUGAAAAAUAUUUUGAAAGAAAGAAAGUUUCAACAAAUACGAAAAUUAAUCAUAAGUUACAAUUUGAACUAGAUCGAUGGAAACCAAAACAAAUGAAACCACAACAACAGGAAUAUCCGCCGUCUAUCUCUUCCACUACAAAUAAUAUAAGAGAUGAAUUUAACUCUAGUAUAAAAAUGUUAAAUUUCUUACAAAUAAUUCAUGACUAUGAACAUGAUUAUAUACAUACUAGUAUCGGCAACAAUAACAACAAUAAUGGUAACGAUAGUCAUAGUGAUAUAACACAGAAAGAAACUAGUUCUUUGGAAGAAGAAACAAAUAUCGACGGAUUGUUCAAAUUUGAUAUACCAUCCUAUUAUUAUAUUAAUAGAUAA